UUUGAACUAGCAAAAUAAUAUUUUGAAAGAAAAUACAGGAUUCGAUUGGAACAAAUGUUUGAUUCGGCGCAAAAAUGGUGCACGAACGUUUUCCAUCCGUUCGCCAAGGAGUUUCAAUUGAAAAAGUUCAGCUUGAAACAUCAACCAAUCGAUGAUUUUGCCAAAUCACAAUGGCAGAAGGGUAGCCGCUCGUUGUGUUGGCUAAUCUAUCGCUGGCUCUUAGCAGCCUUUUUCAUUGCCGUCGUAUGCGACACAAUGAUCAAUCUUUUUUAUGCCGGCAAAUGGUUUAUAUACCUGACCGCAUGGGGUUUCUUUCUCUGUAUGCUCACAAGUCUGUAUGGCGCUAUUAUAGUUAGCAUAUAUUAUUGGCGACCACAUGAUUUCGCUGCCCACCCGAUUGUCUUCAAAAUGUAUUGGGUUUCUUAUUGGACCACUUUGGUAUUGGCGACCGUCAUUACACUUGUCUACUGGAGCCUUCUUUAUCCAUAUGACAAGAGCGGAGUUUCGUUGACCUACAAUUUACUUGGACAUGCCAGCAAUUCCAUUCUGAUGGUGUUAGAUCAUAUGUUGGUUGCAUUUCCCACACGCAUUUUCCACUUCGUGUAUCCCAUUGGAAUGGGCGUGAUUUAUGUCAUAUUUUCCCUUAUCUAUUAUUUUGCCGGAGGCGUAGACACACACGGGGACCAUUAUAUAUAUACGAUUUUAGAUUGGGCCCAACCAGAGACAGCGGUAAUAACUAUUAUUAUUUGCUUUGCAUUACUUGCAAUUAUGUCUUUUCUACUCUUUGGGCUGUACAAACUGCGUUGCUUCAUUUACCGAAAGAUCAAUAAGUCCGUUUUAGUGCUUCAAGUUUGAUUAUAAGUACAUUAAGUACGAGCAUGUUGUAUAAAUAAAAUAUUAUAAAUAUAAGGUUGUCAAAUAUCUCUCUUCCGCUUUUUUGCUCCUUAUUCAGUGCUUUAUAAAAAGUGUUACAGUGAUCGGACUUAGUUCUGUUCCAUCUAGACGGCAACUUUAUAAUACCCUCCUCAUAGAAGCCCCUCCUUAUUUGCGAAGAACUCGGACAGCCACUUUUCACAAGCCUCUUUUGAAUUCAACUUUACACCAACAAGGGCUUUCGCCAUGGACAGGAACAGGUGGUAAUCACUUGGCGCUAUUUCCGGGCUAUAUGGUGAAUGCGAUAGAACCUCCCAUCCGAACUCUCGUAGCUUCUGACGAGUCAUCACCGAAGUGUGUGGUCUGGCGUUGUCCUAGUGGAACACUGCACCCUUUCUGUUGGCCAAUUCUGGACGCUUCUGGUCGAACGGCUGCUUCAAGCGGUCCAGUGGUUCGCAGUAGA